CUCAAAAUGGAUAAAAUUAUUCGCCCCGUAUUUACGCUUGAAUUAAAUUAUAAAAUUGUGCCCGGCUUGGUUACAAUUGGUAAGUACGAUGGGACCCAUCCAUGCUUGACUGCAGCGACUACUGCGGAUAAGGUGUUAAUCCACAGUCCACACAGGCGAUCUUCAUCUGUUUCCGGUAGAGUUGUAUGGUCAGAGUCCAAUCGGGAAAUUGCAACAUUAAGUGUAAAUCAAGCUUUAAGCGCUUUGGUUGCUGGAAAGUUCCUGCCAAAUGAAGAUAAAGAUGUUCUGAUUAUAGGAACCCCAACCCAUGUUUUGGCCUACCACGUGCACGAUAAUCGCGACGUGUUUUACAAAGAGUGCACGGAUGGUGUCAAAGCAAUGGCAAUUGGGCACUUCGGAGACUCUAAGAGCGCUAUUGUAUUCAUUGGAGGGAACUCAAGUGUGCAUGGGUUAAACCACGAAGGAGAAGAGGUCUUUUGGACCGCCGUCGGCGAUGUUGUUACCAGUAUCGCUUUAGUGGAUUUCUACAAAAGUGGCGUUAACGAGUUGAUUGUUAGUUCGGAAGACUAUACAAUACGCGUUUACAAAGGAGACAAGGUAACCAGCGAGAACGUCGAAACGGAAGUAGUAACUGGGUUGGCGAGCUUACCGGAAAGUAGAUUCGCGUAUUCGGUUUCAAACGGAACGGUUGGUGUUUACGAACAGGAAGUGAGGCUGUGGCGAGUGAAGUCGAAAAAUUUUGCAAUUUCUAUGCGCCACUACGACUUACUUGGACAAGGGACCGCUCAACUAAUCACAGGCUGGUCAAAUGGUAAAAUAGAUUGCAGAUCAAUUAAAACCGGAGAAGUGUUGUUCAAAGAUUCACUUAAACAUAGUAUUGCCGGCAUAGUCGAUGCCGAUUAUCGAUCCAUCGGAAAAACUGAUGUUAUCUGCUUGACUGUUGAAGGAGAAGUACGGGGAUAUACAACAACCAAAUGUUUGACCGAAACUGGAUCCGUAUCUGAACAAGAAACCGUUAGAGAGCUACUGUCGCAGAAACAACAGCUGAUAUUGGAGUUAAAGCAGUAUGAGAAUAACACCAAAUAUAAUGAAGAAUCAAGUAAGGGCAACGAGGAUAUGGGGGUUAUUCCGGCAUCCACCCGUCUACAGAUUGGUAUUGCUACCAAUGAAGAAUCAUCCAAGCCACAUGUCGAAAUUUUCAUUUCAACGAACAACGAUACCAUAAUCAGAGCCGUGGUGAUUUUUGCGGAGGGUAUAUUUAAGGGCGAAACGAAUAUUGUGCAUCCACCACGUACCAAACUGGGAUCAAAUCUGUCAGUACCGUUGAUUUUACCAAAAGAUAUACCAAUUGACAUUCAUAUCAAGGCUUUCGUCGGUUACACCAACAGCCUUCAGUACCACGUCUUUGAAUUGACCCGCCAGCUUCCUCGCUUUUCAAUGUACGCCCUAAAGGAGGGAAAAGAAAAGAACACCGAUAGUUACGUGGAGUUUAAAAUAAACGAACGACUUCAGAGGAUUUGCAUAUGGGUGAACCAAAAUUUCUUGUUACCCACCGAUAUUGAAUACGAGUGCGGAUCGUAUUUAGAAAUUUAUCUCAAGUCUCUGCGAGACUCUACCGAUUUGAUUUUGCAUUUUGACGGAAGCGGAAAAACGGUUUUCUAUACCCCCAACUUGCUGUUGGCAGCUGAUUUGAUCCAAUCAUUGGCGUGUUUUUGCAAGUUUGAAUUGCUUCAGUCUAAAGCGUGUUUUCCGGAAGAAGAAAAAAAGUUAAUUACUUUAAUGGAGGUGUUAUCGGAAAUUCAAGAUUCUCGGCUACGUUUAGGUACUGAUAUUGCCGACAAGUUGGGGCAAAUUCGUAACUUAGUUGUACGGGCUGAAGAUAGUCGUAUCAAUGCUUUGGAUGAGAUGUGUAAGUACUACGACGAGCUUAACAUCAUCAACAAGGAAUUGAUCAACGGGUAUAACAUUCGAUUGUCAAAUUACACAGAAGGGCGCGAAUCCAUGAAGUCAAUCAAUUCUAUUAUACAAAAGGCUUCAAGAUUGAGAGUUGGGCCAAAUGCAGCAAACAUGAUUGGACAUUGUAGGACAGCGAUAAAAAAUAACAAUAUAGAGAUGUUAAUUAAAGUUAUUCAAAAUGGGGAACCUUAAAGAUACCUUAUAAUCAGUUUUAGAAAACUACCUACCCAUCGCGUGCCAUUCAUCGUACCACAUCAUUUCAUAAUAAACACAAGGUUUUUGUUCAGAGUGAUUCCAGAAAAUUGUUGUGUUACUACAGAUCGAUUAUCGGUAUCAGUGUAAUGCUGAUGUUUUUUUACCACCCGCACAUUAGUAAGGGAGGUAUUGUAUUGGGGUAAAAAAUGACCCCCCACUUUUUGUUACGGAAAUACGAGUUUUGAAGCACCAGGAAGCCGAAUUAAACAAAAUCUCGAUGAUGUCGGUCCGUAUGUACUCUCAUUUCUGGCUAAACUGGUGAAACGAUUGGAAAACAAUUUGGUAUCCAUAUUCCUAGACAAUUUUUUUCCUAUAGUAAAAUCAGUGUGGUUCUGUCAGACUGGUUUCAUAUUCAGAGCGUGUCGUCACGCACUGUCAAACUUAAGAGAAGAUGGAUGAAUUCAGCCUCGGAAAAUUAUGCUGUAACGUUAUUUAACUUUAAAUAAAUGUUGAAUAACACAAAAUAAUGAUAAAUAAAACUAAAAAAAUAAUUAACAUAAGUUUAUUAAUAAUGGACGAUUUUAUGACUUCCCCCUAAUUUUCCUUAAAGCUUUACAUUUAUUAGGUCCUACUUUCACAGCUAUUUUUACUUGGCGAACUAUCAUUUUUAAAGUUUAUUCUUGCGAUGUAAUUUAUUUCGAGUAAAUUUCCGCGCAAACAAUCAUUUUACUCGCA